AUGUUCAAUAUCCUUGUCGCUGGUAUUAUUGUUUUGAUAGAUGCCUUGUUGAAUCUUCCUCCGGGGCCAAAGCCUCUGCCCAUCCUUGGUAAUAUCUUGGACCUUCCACCAUCUGGGACUCCUGAGUUCCAGCAUUGGCUAAAGUUCAAGGAUCUCUAUGGCCCAAUCAGUUCCAUAACAGUAUUGGGCCAAACCAUGGUCUUUCUCCACGAUAAACAAGCAGCCUAUGAUAUUCUGGGUAAAAUGUCGUUAAAGACCUCCAGUCGCCCAAAGUCGGUUUUCGCAUUCGAGCUGUGCGGCUUUCAGAAUUUCACGUCAGGUAGACAAUACGAUGCGACCUUCCGGCUGCAUCGAAAAUUCAUGCACCAACAGGCCGGCACAAAACUAGUUGCUGCACGGUUCAAUGGUAUUCAAGAUGUAGAGUCGCGGCGCCUUUUGAAACGAAUCCUAGGCAGUCCCAAGAGCCUCGUCAAGCAUUUUGGAACCGAGGCGGCUGCUAUUAUCCUAAAAAUCGUAUAUGGUUAUUCCAUCGACCCACACGUGAGCGAUCCUUUGGCGGAAUUGAUCGAGAAUAUGAUGGACAACUUUUCACAAGCUAUGGUCCCAUCACCAAGACUCGUUGACCUGAUACCGGCUCUAAAGCAUCUACCCGAUGGGUUUCCAGGUACUGAGUUCAAAGAGACUGCCCGGCAAUGGAACAAGGUCAACCACGACACGGUGAAUAUUCCUUACUCGUUCGUUGAGAGGCAAAUGGCAAACGGCACUCAUCGUCCAUCAUUCGUAUCUGGUCUUAUUGAGCGAUACAGCAGUGAGAAAUCGAUAAAUGGAAAAAUAGACCGCAACAAUGAGGAUGCUAUCAAGUGGGCAGCGGGGAUCAUGUACGGGGGAGGUGCGGACACGACUGUGUCAGCCCUGAGCGCCUUUACAUUAGCCAUUGUCCUAUUUCCGGAAGUCCAGAAGAAGGCGCAAGAGGAAAUCGACAACUUGAUCGGCAUGCAUCCAAAUAGACUUCCGCAAUUCGAUGAUCAAGAACAACUGCCCUAUACCUCGGCUGUUGCCAAGGAAGUUAUACGAUGGUACUCCGUUGUACCAAUCAGCACGCCUCAUUUGGCCGACGAGGAGAUUACCUAUGGCGGUUACCGGAUUCCAAAAGGGUCAUACCUGCUCCCCUCAAUAUGGUGGUUCAAUCAUGAUCCGCAAACAUACCCAGACCCAUUCAGUUUCUCCCCGGAGAGGUUCCUCGAGCCACGGAAUGAGCCUGAUCCGAAUGAGGUUUUCGGUUGGGGUCGCAGAAUAUGCCCUGGCCGGUACAUUUCCGAUGACAAUCUCUUCAUAACCAUUGUGCGAUUGUUGGCUACUUUCAACAUCAGCAAGGCGGUAGAUGAACAGGGGAGGCAGAUGGAACCUAACGUGGAAUAUACGCCAGGGUUAAUUUCCCGUCCGGUCAGCUUUCCUUUUAGUAUUACUGUGAGGAGCAGUGAGCAUGCAGAACUCAUUGAUUCAGUCGAAAUGGACCACCCUUGGGAGAAAAGCGACGCUGAAUUUCUUGAAUUAGAGGACAACCUGACGACUCACGAAUGA